GGCGCACAAAGGCAGCACCACGGGAAACCUCGCUCCAGAUGGCCGCUGGGCUGUGUUGCGGUCAGCGUUCCUCCGCGGCGGUUGAAAAAGAGAGAAAAGGCGAUCACCCGACCAGACCACACUUUACCUUGUCCUCAUCUGACGAAGAGUGAUGAAGAUGAUGAGGGGGGUGGCGUGCUUGUUGCUCGGCAACCUGCUUCGCACGGUCGCAUCAGCGUCGCUGAAAGUCAGAGAAGAACACAGAACGGCCUUCUUCGGCGAGGACAUUCACAUCGACAUCCCGCCCGGCGACGCCGGCGAGGUAGCGUUCACGCCCAAGACCAACAAGUCCUCCGAGGUGGUCCUUCUUCGCGCGGGCAAAGCGGUGGACGCACGAGGUCGUCUCAAUUCCUUCGGCCACCUGGUGCUGGAGGACGUGCAGAAGGAGGACGAGGGCGUGUACGUCGUCAGCAAAAACGCCAACGUGCUCAAACGCCUCGUCCUCAUCGUCAGAGACUGCGCCGUGGAGGAGGUGGUGAAGUAUGGAGACACGUACUACAUCCACCUGGACAAGGACGAAGGUCCCAUCAGCCUGGAGUUCAGGCCCAGUCCCGUGCUGCACGGCAAUCAGUCGGAGCUGCUGCACGCCACGCAGCCGCCGGCCGUGCUCCUGUACCGCCAGCCCCUGGUGCUGUCCGACGCCUACGCCGGACGUCUGAGCGCGUCGGAGAAAAGCGUGGCACUGCACUCGGUCAAGAAGGAGGAUGAGGGAACUUUCACCGUCCGCGACCACGAGGGCAAAGUCCGGAGGAGGAACUGCCUCCACGUGCGAGAGCACCAGGACUUCCUGCACCCUUCCAGCGGAGCCGACGUGGCCAUGAGACUCUACCUGCAUCACUCCCACGCCAACGUGGUCUACAGGCCCAAAUCAGGCCAUCAGGACCGGCUCAUCCUGGAGCGGGGCGUUCUGAUGACACCUCAGAACCCCCCGCUGGGGGGGCGCUUGAACGCAGAGGGCUCGGAGCUGGUCUUGAAGAACGUCCGCAUGUCCGACACGGGCGUCUUCAAAGUCACGGACUGGGCUGGGUUCCCUGUGGCUUACAUCUAUGUAAACGUGGUCGCCUCGAAGCUUCCGCCGCUGACGGUGGCCAUCUUGGCCCUGCUGAGCUUGAUUGCCUUCAUGCUGCUGAUCUGCCUGCUGUCCUGCUUCUACAAAGUCCACAAGAGGAACGAGAAGAACAACAAACUGAUGCUGCUGGCCCAGCAGGCCAGCAAGGGGGACGGCGAGGCCUUCAGACAGGUGGUUGAAGAGGCGUACACCAGGUUCACGGAGGAAUCUCUCACGCAGUCGGCGUGCAACCAACCAUCAGAGGUGACAGAGGUCGCCAUCAAGGGCCUGGAGGUGUCCAAACCGGGCCGCUACCAGGCUCUCGACUCAGACACCACCCUCCUGGAGAUGAGCGACUCCGGAGUGGAGUUCACCUCCUCGGGCCUCCCUCUGGACAGCGACACGGAUGCCGUGACCUGCGCCUCCCACAAGCCCCUCAUCAAUGCUCACUCCCAGGGAGCCCCUCCCAGCCGGGAGGCCACCCUGGUCCCCGACGGCGACCUGAGCGCCAGUCCUGUCUCCGCCGCGUCACCGGGAGCCGGUUCGGCUGAGACGUCGGCAGCGGCUGAGGAUGGAGAAUCUGGGCGGAAGGAAGAAGCGGCUCAGAGCACCUGAGAGGUUGUCAGCGUGGACACACACGUCCAUCCCGGGACGAACAAUCACAGAUCCGGUCGCCAACAACUUGAGAGCACAACACGUGUGUGUGUGUGUGUGUGUGUGUGUGUGUGUGUGUGUGUGUGCACGCGGGAAAUGCAUGCGUUUAACAUAAUCACAGAUUGUUUCAAUUAGGAAGAGGACUGCAUGUGAGCCAAAAACACUCAAUUAGAUGAAAAGUUCUCAUAACGGACGCAGCCAGACGGGACCAAAGAAGGACAGAGAUGAUUUGCAAAGUCUACAGGACCCUGAUUGCUGCUGGCAGAGAUGACGCCAGCGUCCCGGCCGAGGACAACGCCACGACUAGUCAGCUUCCAUCGGGUGGCACCAUCAAUAUCCUGCGGGUGAACGACACCAAAGUCGAAAUGAAUAAUCAGCAUCAUAAAUCCACUAACUGCAGCCGUCAGGGAAUCCCAUCCAGCCCGUGCCACAGUGUGUGUGUGUGUGUGUGUGGAGGGGGGGUGUUAGUGGUCACACAAACACACACGAGAAAAGCACAUUUUCCGUUCACAUGUGAAUAAGUAGCAGCUAAUGUACAUAAGCACAACUAUACUUAGUGAUUUUGUACAGCAUGUUUGUGAUUCAGACACACACUCUAGAAAUGCACUGCUUGAGCCUGGCCGACAUCAGCAAUAAGAGCCCUGAGUCAUCCACGGAAAGAACCAAAAAUAAUGUUACCUUCCCUCACUGUCUUUCAGGAUAAGUGCACCAAGUGCACCACCAUCAUCCACAAAUCCAACUUAUUGUUACAAUUUCAGUCUUGGGAAGCACAACGUUAUCAGUAUCGGUUUUGAAAACAAAGAUAUCGUGCAUCUUUCCUUUUUCUGAUUGUGUUUAGUAUGUCCUUCAUGUGUUGUGUGUACAGUGGGAGCUCAUCCAUAAGCCGAGGACCACCUGUGUUCCACUCCCAAGUACAUUUCCAAGCCCAAAGGACGGGACUUAUGUAGCUUCCAAUGCUAAGCUAAGUGCUAAUUAGGUGUGUUUUGCUCGCCAUUACUAAGUCUUGAAUGCACAUAGUGUAGGUAAGUAUUAUCCACGCUAGUAAUUAUGGUAGACUGAGAGUUACUAAAGCUAUAAACACACAAGCCGCCUUGGUUUUUACGCCAGUAUUGCAUGGGUGCAAUGCCUUUUUCCCACUUCUUUUGCAGAUUGCACUGUGGUUAAAAUGCCGUUAUGCACCGCGCUUCCUUGAAAUGCUAGCAUGCGCUUGUUGGGGAUGCGAGAAAAUGAGUUGAGGCUUCACUUCGAUCACACCAGCUCGUCUGCCAUUUCGCAAAACAUGACGGAAGGAAUAGAGAAGGGACGCCGCUAUAAUGAAGCGUAUCACACUCAAGCGCAAUGGGAUUAAAUGUUGACGGUUGUACGCUUUAAGAAGAAACGGCACAUUUCACACCACAUGAAAUGUGUUUUUACGUUCAGGAGAUGUGAAAAGAACACUUUGUAUGCAUGCCACGACAAAUCACCUUGAUAAAUGUUUCAUACUGCAGUUUACAGUAUACUCUCUGACUUGAAUGCCUUGCUUGUACAGUCACAAAUCAACGCCAGCUCGGAGAAUGCCUCGCCGUUUGUUACAUUUCGAUAGUAAAUACCACCUUUUUGCAUCCAGCAGAGUUUUGUAAUGCUUCUCUUUUUCUCUAUUGAAAGUGAUGCAGCCUUUAUGCUGAUGAUGUAUUACUCUUCCUAGAUAAUUCACGUUCUUCACUUCACCAGUCUAUCUCACUCAUGAACAAUUACAGCACCUCAGAUUACUCCAUUAACUGGUCUAAAUCCACAGUACUGCCCAUUAAUUUUGGUUUCCAGAGCAGCCCCUCCAUACCACUGUGUUCAGGGAACAUUAAGUAUUUGGGUAUUAACAUUUCCUCCAACCUGUCAGACCUGAUCCGCUUGAAUUAUACUCCACUAUUAAAGUCAAUAGAGGAUGAUUGGAGAACCUUACCGUUGGAGAACCUUACCCAUCUCACUUACAGGCAGAGUAUCCACCGUGAAAAUGAUGAUUUUACCAAAGGUUAAUUAUCUGUUUUCCAUGAUCCCCACCAAACCAUCGAUAAUUUGGUUCAAGUCAUUAGAUUCGUAUAUAAAUAACUUUCUUUGGAAAAAUAAGACAGCACGAAAAAGUCUCAAAACGUGACAAAAAUCUAAAGAAUAUGGGGGCUUAGAACUCCCAAACUUCUCCAACUACUUCCUUGCAAACAGGUUACAGUAUAUCUUAAAAUGGAUCAAACCUAACCCAUUGGAUUAUUCAUGGCUAGACAUAGAACAAUCACUUAGCCAUGACAUUUGUAACCUGCCCUUCAUUAGCCAAAUCCUCCGGAAAAAUAAUUGUUUUAAAAGUAUAAAUAUAAGCACCACUCUGACAGCUUGGUGGGAAUUUCUAAAAAUAACUAAAUUCUCGCUCACUCCUUGCCAAUACACUCCCGUCUGGAAUAAUCUGACAUCUUGCUUAAAAAGAAACCAUUAAAUUUCCCAACAUGGCACGAAAAAGGAAUAAGUUGUAUGAAAAAUAUUAUUAUAGGAAACAACUUUAUCUCAUUUAACGACCUUGUUACACAGUAUGGAAUAAAUCAUAACAAAUUUCUUGAAUACAUACAAAUUAAAUCUAUAAAUAAAGAAAGUUUCAGGACUAUAUCAUGGGAAAGCAAUACCACUAUUGACCAAUUUUUAAAAAUAUCUGCCCCUAAAACAUUAUCUAAAUUAAAUGUUCUACUUUCAAAAAAUGACAACACAAUCGAAGUACCAAUCUCCAAAUGGAACUCAGAUUUAUCUACAAGCUGUGACCCUGAAUUCUGGAAGCAAAUAUGUCUCAAUGCUUCCCGGUUAAUCAAUAAUCCCAACCUACAGCUGAUUCAGUUUAAAAUCCUUCAUAGAGUACACUACACAGGACAUAGAAUGUUUAGAAUGGGCUUAACUGACUCUAACAUCUGUACACACUGCUCAGACCAUAGAAUAGAUGACUACUUACACUCCAUGUGGACCUGUGCUCCCAUUAACAAUUUUUGGCGUGGAGUGUGUGAGGACCUAUCUUUGGCACUUGGGUUCUCCAUUCCUACCUCUCCUUUACUAUGCCUGCUGGGCGAUCUCUCCACAAUUGAUAGAGUAGAGUAGAAACAAACCAAACACAACUUCACUAGCGGGGGGCUGGCGGUCGGUCCCUGCUACUUGCUGGUGUCUGGCUAGUCUCUGCUUCCUGGCUGGCGGUUGUCUCCCUCCCUUCGGGGUUUCUCCCUUGGCGUGUUGGU